UCUAAAAUUCAAUCAUAUAUAUAUUGGUGAGUUUUAUAAGGUAUUCUAUAUUCAUAAAUAUAAUAAACUGGGUUUCUUAGAAGAACAAUAAUUGUGUUCUUCAUAGGUAAUUUUGUAGUUGCUUGUAACGGAAUUCACGACCCCAACAAUAAUACUUCCUCUGAUAGGAAAAGGUAAUUAAAAAAUAUAGGUAUACCUUUCUACCUCUUUAUUUUUUAUUACAAUAUAUUUUUUUUAAGUAAUAAUAAUACGGCAAUGGAGAGGGGGGGCUUCAGAUAAAAUAAUAGUUAUUAUAUAGAUAACCUAGCCUCUAGAGACUAUGUGCAUUGAGUAUUGGGUAUUGGCUAUUUAGUAAUAUAGUAAAGAAACCACCAUCUUUGAGGAAAAUACUAUUUUUAAUAAUCUAUCUAUAAUUUUUCAUUAUCUUCUAAUGAGACAACUAUGAAAGAAACCCAAGGUUUGAAGAUAAUCAUAAAAGUAUAAUAAUAAUAUUUAAUAGAAUAUCGUGCAAUAGACCUUGAGAGAAUCCACAAACAACGUUUAUCUAUAAUCGCAAUUGGCAAAUGGCUGUUGCUAUUCCCUUAUUUAAUAUUUAGCGUGAAUAAUGAAUGGUUUUGUGAUAAUAUGUUGACGUUCUUAUCGUUAUCACUUAUCAAGGCAACGUGCGUGAUCUACCAUUUGGUAUCUACAUCAUCUACCAGCUAUCUAAGACCUUGGUCAAGAGAAUCAAAAAAGAAGUGGAAAGACUCUACUAUUGAUCGAUUGAAAGCUAGUAAAACAGUAUGGCCUAUUCCUCAGAUAGAACAAGUUUUCUUACCAGAUUUUAAAAUUAGAUCCCAAAUAAAUGAAUAUUCAUUUAAGAGCUUAGAACUAAUUUGUAAUGGUGUAUUUGGCAAAGUCUACAAAGUUGAGAAAUUGAAUUCCAGCGGUGAUUUAUAUGCUAUGAAAAUAUUGGAAAAAUCAUCGGUUGUAUAUGAAAAUGGAGUACAACAAGUUAAGAAUGAAGUACAAAUUCAAUCAUUAUGUGGUCAUCAUCCAUUUAUUGUGAAUUGUCCAUUUUUUUGGCAAAAUAGAAAUCAAUUGUUCGUUGUUAGUGAGUAUGUUGGAGGCGGUGAAUUAUUGAAACUAUUACAAAAAUAUGGACCACUACCUGAAGAAUUAUGUCGUGUAUAUUUUGCUGAAUUAGUUAUUAUAAUAGAUUUUCUACAUAAUGCCGGAGUUAUAUACAGAGAUAUAAAACCAGAAAAUAUAUUAUUAGACGAUAAUGGGCAUCUCCAGUUGAUUGACUUUGGUCUUUCUAAAUGGCUUCCACAAGGCUGUUAUACAUCUACUAUUUGUGGAACUACUCAGUAUAUGGCUCCAGAAGUUUUAGAGUCUGAACCAUAUUAUAGUCACGCUGUAGAUUGGUGGUCUGCUGGAGUUCUCUUAUUUCAAAUGCUUACAGAUCAGUAUCCGCCAAAGUCACACGACGAAAUCAAUAUCACGUUGGAAAAUGUUAGUAAAGGUGCCACUGAUAUGGUAUUAAAGCUGUUGGAAACAAACCAGCAGUACCGUCUAAAAUCCUUUCAUCAGAUUAAAAUCCAGUCGUUUUUUCAUAAUUUCAAUUUCUCAGACAUAACGUUAAAAAAGCAUAAACCAAACGAAUUAUUAAAAAAACUGCUUGAAGAAACAACAGGAAACAAUCAUGUGUUUUCUCAUUUCGAAGAAUUUGACGAUUAAUUUAAGUAUGUGAUAAAUAAUUAUGACAAACAGUGUAUUAACUAUUAAAUAUUAUUAUCUAUUUGUUUAAGAAUUGUGAUGUAGUACGUAAUUAAUUUACAUCUUAUUUUUAAAGAAAGUCAUGUAAAGUAAAUAUCGUUUUUAUUUUGUUACACGCGAGUCGCGAAAAUACAGAUAUUUUAUGAAAUACCAAAGGUGAUAUAAAUAUAAUUUAAUUAAUAUAUA